CAGCAGCACGUCACCGUACCAUCUCCUACUCAGCAACAGCAGCAGCAGCAGUCGUCAAAAAUCUCCCGCAACGCUCCCUACCGUGCCUCUAUGCGUCCACCAUCCCGUCCGCCACAGAAGACCCCGGACGAGCUCAACUCGGCCUUCUACACCCCUGUCCCCCUCUCCGGAAACCCCACAGACGUCCUCUCCAACCGUUUCACCGUCUGGCGUCGGGUCCUCAAAGAGUGCAUCUCUUAUUUCGAAGAAGUCGCCGUCUUCCAGGACCAACGCGCCCGCUCGCAUCUCCGUCUCACCGGCGUCGUCAACGUCCCCUUCCGCGACACCGGCGAUUCCUUCCUUCGUCGUGGCGGAAUCCAGGACACUCCCGCUGCGAUCCGCGACUACCACAAGCAGUCGUCCCUUCACUCUGCCGACGCCGCAAAGCAGAUCAACGAGCAGGUUGUUCCCCGACUCAAAGACCUCCGUCGCGACCUCUCGGUCAAAAUCAAGGAGAUCAAGGGCCUCUCUGGCGACUUCAAGAACUCGGUCGCCAAAGAACUGGAUCUCACCAAGAAGCAAGUCGCCGUCCUCACUGAGGCUUUGGGAGCUAUUGCCGUCAACCCCCACUUGGUCGCCGGCAAAUACGACCCAUACAUUGUCAAACUUGCGACUGAGAAGCAGCUGAGGAAGCAGAUGGACGAGGAGAACUAUCUCCACCAGGCAUACCUAAACAUCGAAAAUUCUGGAAAAGCACUAGAGGAAAUCGUGAUGAAGGAGAUCCAGCAAGCGUUCGACACCUACUGUGGGUUCCUUCAGCGCGAAGGCCAGGACACACUCGACUACAACCACCGUCUGACAACGAACGUGGUCGAUCUACCGCCGUCAAAGGAGUGGACCGAGUUCGUGCUGCGCGACCCGAAUUUUGUGGACCCCACGAUUCCCGUGCGAAAGUUCGACAACAUAAUAUAUCCCGGUCGAGAAGAUCCUGCGACAAAACCGAUACGUGCCGGUCCUCUAGAACGCCGGACAAAAUACCUAAAGUCAUACACCAGUGCCUGGUAUGUGCUUACACCAACAUAUCUGCAUGAGUUCAAGACUGCGGAUCGCAAGAACGACCUCACACCGGUCAUGUCGUUGCUUCUACAGGAUUGCCAGAUUUCCGAUCACUCCGACUCUUCGUCGAAUUCUUUCAAGUUUCUUGUGAAAGGAAAGCAGUCGGGUCAAUUCCACCGUGGUCACAGCUGGAUGUUUAGGGCCGAGAAUUACGAGCAGAUGAUAAAUUGGUUCAAUGACAUCAAAAAAUUGACC